AUGAGCCAGGAGAAUACCUGGCCCGUCGAUCGCGACCACAGGAGCUUCGUCACCGUCAAAACCACUCCAUCCGACCUGAUAAGCGUCUCCGGGCUCGCCUUUCACAACUCCCUGCGCUGGGCGUACCCUCCAGCCCGAUGGAGCGCGACGGCGUUGCGAUGGCGCCACUUGGUCUAUUUAGACGGGCUGCGGCAGGUCGACAACGGGGAUGGAGGCGGCGGAGUACGGCGGUGGUGGAGGGUCGUCAACGCAGGCGUCAUCCACGCCGGUCUGCGUCACCUCGGCACCAGACGGAGGGGUGGUGGAGGGAGGGCGCGGGCGACGGCCGGAGGUGCGAGAGAGGCCGGACUGACCGUGAAGGCCGGACAGAAGACCGUGCUGGCCGCGGAGGCCUCGGCCGGAGGGGUCGUCGCGCCGCUGGACUGCCAGGCUUGGGGCGAGGCCACGCACACCCGCCCCGCCGGGUUUGAGUCGACCGUGCACGCAGCUGCGGGAGGGACGGGCGCGGGGGGUGUCGCAUGGAAGGCCGUGGCGCGUGGGCCAGGACGGAUUGCGCGGGGCGCGUCAGAGGGCGAGGGCGUCGCGGAGGUGGCGGGAACGGCCGAGGCGGACGGCCUGAAGGAGGCGGGGCGCGAGGGCCGACAGGAACGGCGGGAAGACGGCGAGGGGAUGGGCGCGACGAAGCGGGCAUGA